AUGGUUACUUAACUCACUAAAAAUUAUUCCUUAUAGUUUCCGUAUACAGUACAGUGACUGAAAGGGUCACUUUAACAACCAAGUAAUAUCCCGAAAGUGAUUGCCGCAGAUAGCGGCAAUAAUUCAAAUUCCAAUAUGAGCGACGACAAAAACGUGCCUCUCACGGUAGUUCCACCAGACAUUCAGUGUCCUCUUGAAGAUCCUACAGAGACCGAGUCUUCUGUAAGAGAUGAACAGGAACCAUCUUCCUCUGAAGCACCUACGCCUGCGGGUCCUGUAGAAAAUAUCUCUACCGGAGACACGGAGAGAACCAGGAAACUGAGCGAGCCCCAGUCAAGAGUCCGAAAAUCUUCAAUUAUUAAAAUGCCAAGCAGCGACAGAAAUGAUAAACUAAGGAGCCGCAAGUUUUCAGAAGGCAACAUUCACGCUCGGCAGAGAAAGAUCUCUUUCUUAACCACGGACCCGAUGUCCCCACAAAAAGACGAUGCUCUUUUGCACGACGGAGAGGACGACCAUGCCGAUGAGUGCCACGCUAGGGACCCGGCGAACGUGCCGCUCAACGCCCGCAUCCAGAUGACGAUAGGAGAAGACGAAGAUGAGCGUCUGGGAGACCUUAGCAAGAGGGAAAGCCUCGCCUUCUUGCACGUCGUCAAUGAGAGGAUCACCACGCGCCCUUCGUGCGUGUCUCUAGCUGCACGAGGUUCCCGGGCCUCUUUUGGGACCCUUGGGACUUCGAACUCGGGACUUAAUAUGGCUUCUAGACCAUCGAUGGUGUCCCUAAAAGAGACCCUGUCGCGGGUCAACAUGGAGCUGCACCCUGAGAAGGGAUCGUUCGUUGCGUUUAGCAUGGGACAGUCAAUGGCUUCCAUCCCGACCAUCGCCGCCAAAGCAUACAUAAUUACGCAGGUUCUGGCCGCCAUCUCUGUAUCCAUAGGUUCGAUGGCUGUAGGCUUCACCGCCGGCUGGACAUCACCCGCCCUAGAGUCUAUGAAGGAGCCUAAUUCCACCCUAGAAAUCAACAGCGACCAGGAGUCUUGGGUAGGAUCUCUCAUGCCUCUCAGCGCUCUGGUCAGCAGCGUGGUCGGAGGAUAUCUUGUUGAGGCGAUUGGUCGCAAGAUGCUCAUCUGCUUAUGUGGGCCACCGUUCAUUGUAGCGUACGUUCUAAUGGGAGCUGCGAGAAACGUGUGGAUGUUGUACGUCGGUCGGUGUCUUGCUGGCUUCUGCGUGGGUUUCCUGACGCUCACCUUGCCCGUCUACCUCGGCGAGACCAUCCAGGCAGAGAUCCGAGGCACGCUCGGUCUGCUGCCCACCACACUCGGCAACGGAGGUAUUUUGGUUUGCUUCCUGGCGGGCGCCUACGUCGACUGGUCGACACUGGCGUACAUUGGCACGGCGAUCCCUGCAGUGUUCCUCAUGUUGAUGAUCUUCGUACCAGAGACGCCGCGCUGGUAUAUUUCUAAAGGCCGAGAAGAAGAAGCUUACCGGUCGCUGUGUUGGCUGCGCGGCACCAACGCUGAUGUCGAUGCGGAGCUGCAGGACAUUUUGAUGAACCACGAGAUGUCAGCCUCUCAGUCCUCUUCUGUAAAAGAACUUUUCACCAAACAAUACUUCAAACCUUUCGCCAUCGCCUUGCUCCUCAUGUCCUUCCAGCAACUCUCGGGCAUUAACGCCGUCAUCUUCUACUCUGUUUCCAUCUUCAACUCGGUCGGCUCUACCCUGGACAGCAACGUGUGUAGUGUCAUCAUAGGCGUCGUUAAUUUAUUUUCAACAUUUUUAGCCACGGCGCUCAUUGACCGCUUAGGUCGCAAAAUUCUGCUCUAUAUCUCCGACGGACUAAUUGUUUUCUCUCUAAUAUCGCUGGCAAUAUUCUUCUACUUCAAACAAUACGCGGAGACGGAUGAAAGUUGGACAGAAACAAUGGACAGUGUCUCAUGGAUCCCACUUGUUAACCUCAUCUUGUACGUGUUGGGCUUCUCUUUGGGCUGGGGCCCGAUCCCCUGGCUGUUCAUGGGAGAAGCAUUGCCGGCAAAAAUUCGGGGACCUGCGGCCUCCUUGAUAACUGCUUUUAAUUGGGCCUGUACUUUUGCAAUCACCAAGCUCUUCCCGGUGAUGCUCGGUCUCUUGGGAGAGACAGGCGUGUUCUCCCUAUUUGCAGCCAUCAUGGUACUAGGAACGAUCUUCUCUGUUGUUAUGGUACCAGAAACCAAAGGCUUGUCUCUGGAAGAUAUUGAAGCCAUCAUGAUGGGCCGAACUAAACCUAGCAUGAACAGAAAAAUGAGUGAAGUUUCAGGAAUAAUAAUGUCUUAAUAUUUGCCAUUCUCUUAUUGAUAUAAUUUGAAGCCCUGAUGCCGUCUGCAUGGAGUACACGCUUUUUGUGUUGCACCAGUUACAAUAGCGACAUUAAAUGUCUUCAAUCUCAACUGCCGAAUAUCUUCAUGUUGAUUAGAUACGUACGUAUUUAUUAUCUUGAAAAGAAUUAAUUUCAUAACGAAAUCCACCUAAUGGAGUUCGUCGACUUCCAAAACGCAAUGACUAUGGAGCUGCGUAGUUAGUUUUUCUGAAGCCUAAGUUCCCUCCGCUGAUAGUAGCUAUUUAACAGCGGAAAGUGUACAUGUAUGCAUUUUGAGUGGAGUUUUCAAUGCCUCGCGAAAAGGGAUAAUAGGGGCUAUACUAGUUCCAUGUCCGAAGUUGAAUAGAACGUAAAAAUUUCUGAAAUUUUUGUAUCCGCUUUCAGUGCAUCAAUGAAUUGACUCGAGUCUAGUCUUUUCAAUACUUCUCGGGAACCGUCGAAGAAAAAUAAUUUUUUUUGCUGUGUAUAGCUUGCCCUCAUAUUGUAAAUAAAUUGUGAAGAAUUGAUUUACUAUUAUCAUUGAUUAACGGUACGAAAUCUCUGUCAUGAAAUUGUGAUAGGAUUUUCUUACGAUAAAUCGGAGCGUGACCGCCUGAAGUUUGAAGUCUUGGUACUGGAAAAUUCUGAUGUUGAAAUUAUAGGUGUUGAUUUAGCCGUUUCAGAUGGAGAGUUGAGUUUCCACAACAAUGCGCAGCUCGCAAACAAUUUUUUAAACAUUUAAGUUCUUAUUAUAAUUUUAUAAUAAUUAAGGAUGCUAUUAAAGCCACUUUUUAGUUAGUCUGAGUGUUAUAGAACCUGCAUUUAUAGGACGUUAUUCCUCAUUUUUAAUGUUUCGUACAUACUUUGUUUGACGAGGAAACUUUAUUUAUGUAUGGUUCCUGCAGAUACUGUGAGUAACAUAUCAAUCUACAGUGUUUAAAAAUUAUUAUUUGUAACGGUCAUUCAGUUAUUCUUCAUCUAUCACUUCUUAUAUGAGUGUCUUGAUGAGUUACAGCUCCCUUUUAGCGUUUAAAUAGUAACAUAAUUCCUUCUCAUAGCUCCCUCGUAGCGCUACAAUAAUUAUACUCUUCUUACUCGAUGGCAACCCUCGAGCAUGGGCGAUUUCAUAUGGGAUCACUUCCACCUUAUUUGUUAUUAUGUGUUUUUCAUUGAGUCUGCAUUUGCCUUAUCUUCUUUUUAUUCUACUACGAAAAGUUGCUGCUGAAUUAAGCUCCAAAUGUACUUUACUCCCAUUUAAUAGAGUAUGAAGGUUAUUCUCUGUCGAUCGAACCAUCGACGUUAAGAAGCCAGUGAUGCAUUUGUAUAAGUCUGACCUUUCAUCCCAGGCAAGUAAUAUGCAGAGAAACGUAGGUACGAUACCAUAUACCUUUUCGUAUAUAUGAUAACUAUCGUCAUACAAGUUAAAACGGUAGCUAAAUCUGCUUUAUUUUGAAAGAAAUAAUUAAUUAUUAUAAACUUUCGGCAUAUAUCAAAUUAAGUAAGUGUAAUUACAUAAAUGUAUUGAAGCUGAUUAAUACAAUGCAUUUAAGUAGCGAACUGAAUAAUUUGUGAAUAACUGUGAAAUAAUGAAGUGCUCUCGCUAAAAUACUUCAGUAAUGAUGUAACAUAUUCUUUGUCAUAAUGGAUAUAUGGUAACCCAUUGAUUGAUGUUAUUUUUUUUCAUUCAAAAUUUGCCAGAUUUCUAUCGAAUAUUUUUCUUUCAUUGCAAAACUGAUUUGAGAAGAAGUUAUUACUUAUCAUGACGGUAGGUAGAAUAUCAACAAACGAUAUUUAUGAUAUCCUGUCCAUAACUCCAUAUAUAUAUUUGUACGGAAAACAUAUUACCAGUAAAGGAGCCUGCCAUGA